UUAUUUUGCUUGAACUUCAGUGACUAUUAGUGAAAUAAACUCCGGGCCUCGCCUACACUUUCCUCGAAAAAGUUAGAAGGGCGUUCAGGAAGAAGAGUUUAACACUGACUGAACUUCUCAUCGGCACAGCAUACUGGAGGAUUUUUGCACAAGAUGGAAGAAAGUGCUAGUUCUGCAUUCAGAUUUAGUAGAGCUCUUUAAAUAUGGGAGAUAAGUUACAGAGAACAAGCAGCUGAAGGAUUGUCAGGAGAUAAGAUAUACAUGGAGGAUUGGGAAUUUCACUAGUUUAAAUGUAUCCAAGAUUUACUCUAGAAUAUUUGAGGUCAGCGGAUGUAGAUGGAGGUUAAUCAUUUACCCAAAAGGAAAUGGUGGUGAACAUUUGUCUGUGUUUCUUAAUGUUGCUGAUGAAGAUAGCUUGCCAGAUGGAUGGAGUAGAACAGCCAAGUUCACUAUGAUUCUGGCGAACCAGACGAAUAGCAAGAUGUCUAUCAAGAGAGAAGCACAAUGCAAAUUCGAAAAGGAGAAGAGUGAAUGGGGCUACACCUCCUUUUUUCCUCUUAGUAAACUACAUGAUAAAAGUGGUGGUUAUCUCGUUGAUGGGACAUGUGUGAUUGAAGCUGAAGUGUCCGUGACUGAUGUCUUCCCUGUUUCCACAGAUGAACCUUCUGAUUCUUCCGUUCCUAGCGAUCAGAGCAUGAAUAAACUGAGUGAUUUAGAUAAUGCGGAAUCUAUUUAUAUCAAGGCUGAAUCCUUUCUCAAGUCAAUAUCAAAGGAACCAACUAGUUCAGUAGCCGAUGCGGCAUGUGCUGUGCCUUUGAUUGAAGACAUUGCAAGUUCAGCAAAAGAACGAUUUGACGAGCUGAUUUCAUUUCCUUUAGAUAAUUUGGUUGAUCCCAAGCACGAAACUGCAAUGAUAGAGUGUCUGCAUAUACUUGUCGACUACCUGUCUUUGUUCUCUGACAAACAGGCCAAAGAAAUUAUGAGGUUGAGAGCUCUUUUCCCAACAAUUAUACAAGAAUGGAGGGACUCUGUUCAAGUUAAGGUCAGUUGCCAGAGUGUGUUAUCUACUUUUGAGAAGACAGAGAAUUUGCUCAAAGGUUCAGUCAAAACUGAAGAGGGAAUAAAGACUAAGCUGGAAGAAUUGAAGAUCAGAGAACAGGAACUGAAAGCACAGUUGGAGGCGAUUCAAAAUGAUAGCCAACAACUUGAGAAGGAAAGACUGGAAGUAUCGAAGCAGACGCAGCAUAUUUAUGCUCUUGCAGAGGAGCAGGCUGUCAAAAUUAAAGGCAAAGAGAUGGAAUUGGCUGGUGCAGAGAACAGAUUAGAGGAUUUGAAAUCUAACUGGGCUUCUGUUAAAACUGUGUCGUUUAAGCAUGAGAUUCUUGGCUCCCAACAUUUAUAUUUUGGGGGGAGACAGUUCAUUUGCUGUUUUCUUGCUGUUGUUACUGCUUUGGUGUGUUAUCUAAUAAUAUUGUGUAACUAGUUGUGCACUUCCACUGGAAUUCUGAACUCUAGUUUUCAGAAAGCCAUAUGUUUCUUAGCUGCUUCAUUUGUUACUCGUUGUAUUCUGCAUCUUUUGUUUGUCGUUUGUAUUUUGCAGUUGAAUGUAAUAAACAUAUCAUAAUGUUGCUUUUA